AUGGCAUAUAACAGUUACAGAGGAAGCAACAAUUAUGAAGGAGAAACAAAAAGAAGAGGAGACUUCUCUUCUGGUGACAGAAAAGAGAACUCAAGAUUUGGGGGUGCCCGCAGAGCAGGAUUUGGAGACUCAAUGCAGGACAAUGGCCCAGUUGAGUUUGAAAAGGAGUUCUACACAGAGCACAGCGAGCAGGAAAAGAUGACUAACCAGGAGGUUGAAGAACUAAGAAACAAGUUUGACAUAACCAUUACAGGAGAAGGUGUCCCUAAGCCAUGCACAAAGUUUGAGUACUUUGGAUUCCCAGCCAGCGUAAUGGCAGCAUUCAAGAGCGCAGGCUACAGUGAGCCAACACCCAUCCAAGCACAGGGAUGGCCAUUAGCACUCAGUGGAAGAGAUAUGGUGGGAGUAGCAAACACUGGAUCUGGAAAGACACUUUCAUUCAUUCUUCCAGCCUUAAUACACGCAAAGGCACAAAAGCCACUCAGGCAGGGAGAUGGACCCAUUGUGCUUGUGCUUGCCCCAACAAGAGAGCUUGUCUCACAGAUUGAGGAAGAAGCAUGCAAGUACGCCAAGUACUUCGGUCUUAGAACAGUAGCCGUCUUUGGAGGAGCACCAGCAGGCCCACAGAAGGGAGCCAUCAGAAGAGGUGCUGAAAUACUCAUUGCAACCCCAGGAAGACUUAUCGACCUGUACGAGCAGAAGGCUGUUUUCAUGAGCAGAGUAUCCUUCCUGGUUCUUGAUGAGGCUGACAGAAUGCUUGAUAUGGGAUUCGAGCCACAGCUCAAGAAGAUCAUCCCAGAGACAAACCCAAACAAACAGACUCUCAUGUGGUCUGCCACAUGGCCAAAGGAGGUGCGGUCUCUUGCUAGAAACUACAUGAAGGACUACAUCCAGAUUAAGAUUGGAUCAGCAGAGCUUGUAGCUAACGUAAAGAUCACACAGAAGACAUUCAUUGUAGACCACUGGGAGAAGGACAAGAUGCUCUCUGAUGUUCUGGCAGACGUAGCAGGAGAUGAGAAACUGAACCCAAAGAUCAUCAUAUUCUGCAACCAGAAGAGAAGAUGCGAUGACUUGGUUGAGAAGAUGCAGGAGUACGGAUGGCCAGCAGAGGCACUCCAUGGAGACAAACCACAGAACCAGAGAGACAGAAUCAUCCAGGACUUCAAGUCAGGAAAGAGAAGCAUCCUUGUAGCAACAGAUGUAGCUGCCAGAGGACUUGAUGUCAAGGACGUAAAGGCAGUCAUUAACUACGACUUCCCAACUAACUGUGAAGAUUACAUCCACAGAAUAGGAAGAACAGCUAGAGGAAAUUCAGAGGAAGGUCUUGCACUUACUUUCUUCUCUCCUAAGGACGACAGAUCAAAUGCUAGAAAAUACGUAGAGAUCCUAAAGGACUCCAACCAGGAAGUACCACAAGACCUGGCUGCCCUUGCCUCAAGAGGCGGAGACAGCUACGGCGGAAACAGCAGGUUCGGAGGCGGAAACAGAUUUGGGGGAAGUAGCAGCAGAUUUGGAGGAGGAAACAGCAGAGGAAGAACAGGUGGAAGACGAUAA